GGGGUUGAUGGGCAAUAAAUCUUUAUAACAUUUUUAAAUUGUUGCAUCAAACUAAUAUAUUAACUCUUCAGUUUUGUUCUAAUGAAAUGAGAUGUUCCUUUUAAGAGGGUUUUGAAAUCUAUGUCUGUGUGUCCCUCUUAAGUCAGGUGCAGUUCUUAGAAUUGAUUAUGCUAAUGAACUUUUCUUAGAAUGAACAAAUUUCUUGUGUCCUAUUUUAGAGAUCAGCUUAAAGAUUCUUGAGAAGAACAAGCAUGUGUGGCUUUAGGUAUCGUGUUUAUCAAAACAGGAAGAAAAAAAACCACACAGAAACUGUUAGUAAGCAGGCGGGUUGAUACAGUCAGAAACGCUGAUGAUUACGAGAGCAAGACGUUUGGUGGCUUUUGGCGGAUGAAGUUCAAAAUGUGCUCCAAUGAUAGCAUAACCACUACGGCAACCAACAACACCGCCGAUUCAUGCGUCAACAGCAUCCUGAAGGGUUCGGGUUACAGUCUUGUGUUUCUCCUCGGCCUCGUCGUCAACGGCGCUGCUCUGAGGGCCUUCGUCGCAAUGCGGGCCUACUGGACCGACACGCACAUCUACAUGCUGAACUUGUCUCUGGCUGACUUCACCCUGGUCCUUCUCCUUCCCUUCAGGAUUUACGACGCCUUUUUCUGCCUGCCUAAAACUUUGCUCUGCACUUUCCUAAUUUUUAUUCACUUCGUCAACAUGUACGCCAGCAUCCUGACCAUGACAGCCAUCAGCGUCCACCGCUACCUGACCAUCAGGUUCCCUCUGCAGGCCAGAUCAUGGAAGAGGAGGAAGGAGGCAGCUGUCGCAGUCUGCUUGUUCAUCUGGGUGGUGUUAGUUUUAAUCGUUAUUGUUUUUCGCAACGAUAACCAUCCUGAAAAACUCUGGACUUGCUAUGAAAGAUGUAAAAAUAUCAGAAUCCGUCCACAAUUUAACUUGCUCCUAUUGUCUCUCGGCUACCUGGCUCCUCUGCUGACAAUUGUGUUCUGUUCCAGUCGGAUCAUCUGUACUUUGGGGAAAGAGCAAAACAAGUCGGAGGAAAGGAAAAGUAUUGUUGGAAUAAUAAAAGCAAACAUGAUUGUGUUUCUUGUCUGCUACACACCAUUCCACAUUGCGCAUGUUGUAAGUUUAUUCUACAAGGUUCCACCAAACUGGAGGGACAUAUAUCUGCCAAGUCAUACGUUUUUACAAGUGUCUGAAUGGAUCGCCUCCACAAACUGCUGCUUUGAUUCCAUCAGCUACUAUUUUUUAUUAAAAAGGUUUUACACUCAGGGACGCUUAGAGCUGUAGGGUUAAGGCUGAGAAAGCUAAGACAGAGGGGCAAGGCUCCAAUAUCACAACAAAAUGAAUCCCAUUCUGUUGUUAUAUUGGAAGGUUUAUCUUUUUGCUGUUAGAGCCAGCCCAAUGUUUAUUCAAGUUCCAUCCAUCCAUCCAUUUUCUAUACACCCUUUGUUCCCAAUGGGGUCGGGAGGGUUGCUGGUGUCUAUCCCCAGCUAACGUUCCGGGCGAGAGGCGGGGUUCACCCUGGACAGGUCGCCAGUCUGUCGCAGUUAUUCAAGUUCCAAAAUACUUUAUUGAUCCCAAAGAUUAAUCAACUCAAAAGACUUUAGCAGAGUAUCAUUUAGAGCUCCAUCUUCAGAUACACCCACCAUUCACCACAUAACUACUGAAACUUCUUCUGAUUUGAUGUUUGCUCAGUUGUUUUGAAUUCAACUUGUUUUGUAGUUUCUAACUGCAUAAAUAGAUAUGGGAAGGUUUGUAUUGUGUUGUAUUUCAAGUGCUGAAAUGAAAAAAUGUUAUAAUACUUCAUUUUAUUGAUAGGUUGUGUAUGUCAGCAACAAUGAAAGUAAAAUACCUUUUACAAAUGAAGUGGAUUGAAUGAUUUUACCUGAAAAGUGUUUGGUAAUAGUUUUUUCUACAAUUAAGUUUUCUCCAUUUUUACAUUUGGUUCCUUUGUUUGUUUUUUGUGGGCUCUAGUGUCCCUUAUUUGAAAGUAGGCUGACAGGAAAGGGAGAAAGAGAGGGGGGAAGACAUGUGGCAAACGUCGGCCGGGUCCGGGAAUCGAACCCGCGACCGCCGUGCCGAGGACCGAAGGCUCCCAAAUGUGGGUCGUGCCACCCCCACGCCACCACAGCAUGCCUGGUUCCUUUGGUUUUAGGCAACAAAAUAAAUAAAUAAACUGCUUUGUGUUAUCUGACUGAGUUCAGUUCUAUUUUUAAGAUUCUUGAGAUUGAAGGUCAAGUUCUGCUUGAAACUUGAACUGAAAAACAUCACACAGGAAAUGUAAAACCCACACAUGCAGCUACCCAUGAAAGUAGUGAGCUCAUGCAGUUAAGACUAACUUUCAAAAGAAUGAUAAUGAAAUUCCAUGUAUUUGUAAAGUCAGACAAGCUGGCAACUGAUUGUACAGCUCAGUUUGCAUGUGUACUUGUACUUUUAUCUUGAAUUGAUUGUUUUUAAAAAGUUACCUGUCUCUAUGAGUUGGAUUUCCUAUCAAGUUGCACCUUUUAUUAUUUGCUCAUUUGCUGUUGUGUGCUUGUGAAGAACAUUUAGUUUAAUAUGCUGUGAAAACCAAGUCACAUAGAUUAACCAGUAAUAAAGGCCAAACCAUUUAUCACAAUUUUGCACUGUAUGCUUUCUUCCUCCGGUGACGUAAAUGCAACCGAUGACACAAAUAAAAGCAAAAACACCAGCCAC